AUGAAGUUAAUGCAACAAGCCGAUCCGCAAAUGAACGAGUCAACAAAAAUUCAUUAUCUUAUGAAUGGUCUUCGCCAAUCAUUAUGCACUGAAACACGACGAAAUUACCCAACAUCAACCCAAGCUUCUGAGUCUCAACAUUCUUUAAAUAAAAAUUUUAAUACAUCGUAUCAUUAUCUACCUCAACGUAAUCACUAUUCUCGUGUACCUGGUCAAGCAGCUGAUAUUAAUUCAUCAGCAAAAUUUAUACCUCCUUUACUUGCUAAUAAUACAUCUCAACGUAACAAUAAUUCACAUCGUAAUAAUACUAAUAAUCAUCAGUAUCGGAAUUAUCAACAGCAACAGCAAAAAUCAUUUCAAGGGUGUUUUAGAUGUAGUUCAUUAGAUCAUAUCGCUCGUGAUUGUCACCAUUUCGAAAAACGAAGUCAAUGA